AGAAGCAAAAUUGCAGGAUCCUCAUCAAAUCAUCAUGACCUACACGCAUGUAGGUCUUCUGUCGACCCAUCGCAGUAACUGAGAUGGAGCAGCAGAGGCAGAAACAGCUGCUCGAUCUCUGAUGUAGCAGGAAGGCGUUCAGAUCACUGUACACGAAACAAAGCUUUGGGAGUCCCCAGCGACAGUACUUAUCGCCUUGUUUGCGUCUUCCGAGACCGAGGGAAGGAGAAGUCUUCGCUGCCGUUCCCCCAUUUUUGCGCAUCUCCAAGCUCUUGGAUCUUCCUGGUUGGCCGCUUGUUCUCGUCCCCGGAGAUGCCUUCUCAUUCUCCCUCCGAACACCGCGUUCCCUCAUCCAUAUAUGCUGUGGUGCAACCUCAGCAACCAACAAUGGCCAUGGACGCAAGUUCAGUAUAUGAGCAGCAGCAGCAGGAAGGAAGGGUGGAGGAGGUGUUUGCGGUGAUCAAUGACAACGGGGACCUGUUGGCGGAGGUGCUGGGGAGGCUGGACGGGCGGUCGCUGGCUGCGGCGGGUUGCGUGUGCAGGGUGUGGGCAGCCGUGAGCAGGCGGGAGAGCGUGUGGGAGGCGGUGUGCGGGCGGCACGUGGAGGGCGGGGCGGCGGCGGGGGCAGGGGCGCGACCCGUUGUUGCAGCCCUCGGCGGGUACCGCCGCCUCUACCGGCUCUGCCUCGGCCCCGCCGCCGACCGGCUCGGCGCCGCCGCCCGCCUCUCCCUCUCCCUCUCCCUCUCCCUCUUCUCCAUCGACUGCUACGAGCGGCGCCUCGGCCGGGAGCGCGGCCACCCCAGGCCGGCCUCGCUGCUCUUCCUCGACCACAACAAUCCCGUGGACGUGUCGUGAUCCCCACCGUCGAGUUCCUCGUCGUGCUCGUACCAUCUAAUGCUAAUAAUAUAUUAGAGAACAAAAUAGAUAAUAAAGGAUAUAUGUUAUAUCUUUUCUUGUCUUCUGCAUGCUCUUUGUUUUCACCGCUAUCCAUGGUGUACUGAUUCCAUUGGCUCGUUCUGCUUGUCUUUGUUUCAGCUUAUUGAUCUCUAACAUGUGACACUGUUUGCUACGUGAAAAUUUUGUGAUGUGAUCGCCAUCAAUUUUGGAAGGUUUAAACCAUUUGAUGCUCUUGCAAUGGCAAAAGGGACCCCAAGUUGCUGACAUUUUCGAGACACAUUAGUAAUAGAUAUAGCGUUCUAAACCAAUCGAUUACAUUUUAAUUAGUUUUUUUUCCUCGGCUUUAAUUUUAUAUUAGUAUAACCGAAAAACAUUAUGACAUA